UACACACAUGUAAACAAAUGCAUGAAUGAGCGAAAGCUGGGCGGACGUGGACUGAGCAAGAUCUGCAGAUAAUCUGAUUGAGUCUGCGCUGAUAAAUGGGCUGAAACUGCAUGGGGAAAACUUUGUGAUACUAACAUUUGUAAUAACUACUAACCACCGAGGUAUAAACAGACAUCACAGGAUUGGGUCAACUAACACAACUGGCACGAAAACCUCUUGGUAUAGAUUGCUGGACUAGCUAUAUGCUCCAUGCAGUGUAACCAGUAUUAGAGCAUGACUGACGCUUGAGAUGUGCAGCACUGCAGGUUCAGUUCAGGUCUUAUCUGGUACCGGGAGACUCAAAGAAGGCUACCUCAAAAAAUAUGGUAACCUCUUGACGCGUUGGAGACGGAAACACUUCACCAUCUACCAGGAUGGUCAGCUGGCCUGGUCAGACGGGAGCGGUCAAUCUCCGGACAAGGUGGUCAAUGUCCGUACGGAAUGCUCCAUGCUCAGGGUGGGGGCACAGGUGGGGUCCGACGCCCCAACGGUGCCCUCCGGGGCUAGGAAGGACUUCAUGUUUGCUAUGACGGCGAAGGGAAAGAACUAUUACAUUCUGGCAGAGACAGAGCAAGAUUUGGUACAAUGGUUAGAGGUGCUCUACCAAGCUAAAGGUAUCCCUCAUCCUAGUCAACAACAACAACAACAACCUGGAGCACCAGUGGGUGGAGGGGGAAUGCCGCAACCUCAGGGUCAACUAGCGUACCCCUCACAACCACCUGCUAACCAGCCCCCUGCAUAUGGUUUCAAUCCAAAUGUGACUGGUCAACCACCACCACCUGUAGCAGCAGCCCCUUACCCUCAAGCGGGUGGCUACCCCGCCCAACAACCCUACCCUGCCCAGCAACCCUACCCCAACCAACAACAAUACCCUGUCCAACAACAGAGACCUGCCUACCCCACGCAACCCGGCGGACCUGUGGCAACCAGGCCUGUACAACAGACCGUCAUUAUCCGAGAUAACUCUCCGCAGUAUUCCAGGGGCGGUGAUGGAUUCGCCACUGGACUCCUUGCUGGUUCCCUUCUCGGAGGCCACCAUGGAUGGGGGUGGGGCUACGGAGGCGGCUACGGAGGAGGCUACGGAGGCGGUUACUAUGGUCAUGGGUAUGGAGGCGGCCUCUUCGGUCAUCACCAUCACCAUCACCAUGAUCACUUCGGCCACCACGGUCACCACGAUCAUCAUGACCACCAUGACCACCAUGACCACCACGAUUUCGGAGGUCAUGACAGCCACGGAGGGCACGAUGAUUUCGGAGGAGGAGAUGAUUUCGGAGGAGGAGGAGAUGAUUUUGGGGGAGGUGACUUUGGGGGAGGGGACUUUGAUGGGGGAGGUGACUUUGGGGAUUAAAAGAUAUGUAUAGUUUUGAGUACGAACAUUGCACACAAGCAUAUACAUUCUUCAUGUGCAUACCAGUAUGUAUUCUUAUGCAUUAUGUUUCAUGCAACUACUAAAAGAGAGCAAAAUGUAUUCCUCUGUGUAUGUUGUUAAAACUGUUCUGAAUGGAAAGUAUAUAUAUAAUUUCCCACACUUGGUACCAAUGAAAUUGUACUUUUUAAAAAUGAAACAAUUUAAAGAUUCUGGAGGGAUAUUUGUAAAUGAAGGUAUAACAAAAAUCUGUUACUACACUUUAUAAGUAAUUUAUUACUUUACCAUACAUAUGCACAUCAUUUUAGAAUAAUGAUACCAUUUCUUUUUUUUUAUCUCCAAGAAUCUGAUAAUCUUGAUAAUGUAUAAAGAAAAAAAAAAAAUUUACUAUCCAGAUUAGGAGUUUUUAAAUGAGAGAGAGAGAGUUUUUACUCUGAUUCCAUUUGAGUUUAUUUUAUAACUUUUUAGGUGACACACAAAACAAAAUUUCUAUAUUACUUGCCAAGCCUUAGACUUUUGAACUGCAAUUACUAUUUUAUGAAGUAUUGGAGGGACAAUUAAUAUUUGGAAAACUAUGUAUUAACUGCUCCUCCUUAAAUAUUUAGACUGCUGUUUGAAAUGCUGGGCAUCAUCCUUUUUAUCCUCUAUAUGUUAACUUACUGCCAAACAUUAAAGUAGUUAACUGGUUUCCUACUGAAAUUUCUCAUUUCCAUAGGCUCAAUACAUAAAUAACCCAGUUCCCAUAGCCUGUGGGUUUAUACGACAGGAAAGGAGGGAGUGCACAAGAAAUGUAGCUCUUGAGAUUCUUUUACACUUGACAUGGUAUAAACCAUCUAUUGAAAAAAAAAACAUCAUAGAAAAAUAAAAAUGACAAAAGCUUAAUGCCCUUUACAUUUCUGCAGGAAACUUCAGAGCCUUUGUUGAGCUUGUGCAUCAGCUAAUUUGAUUAUCUCCUCAAUCUACCAAUCGUUUAUGGUUAAACUUUUAAAUUUUGCUGUACCAUAUUUGAGGCAGUUUAUUGCAUCAUAAAUGUACAAAUUAGAUGGACAAUUUGGCUUCAUUUUAGACAGUAAUUGUGCCAAACUUUGCAUUACUUUUAAAAAUAUAUUUAAGAAAUAAUAAAAGUCUUGUAUAGCACUUAAUAAUAUGUUUAUAAGUGCUUUAUAUUGUAAUUAUGAGUAAAAAAGGCUGAAAUUCUUGAAUGGAAAUGGCUGGAAUUUUUUAAAACCUGUACUUAAAAAAAAGUAAUUGUGCCAAACCUUGCAUUGCUGUGUUAUGAGUUUGUAACGGGUCACGAAGGACAGAAAGUCAUUGGAGUUGAAGGGCUAUCCAACCUUUGUAAUAAGGUCAUUUGUUUGAAAGCAGAAAAUAAGAGAAACAGAAUGAAGACAGUUUGAAAUAAAUCUGACCAAUAAUAAGAGAGUUUUGAGUGUUUGAAAUCACUAAAUCUCUUUGAAUCUCAAUUUGGCAGUUUGGUCAGUGGAGUGUGACGAAGUCAGAGACAACUCUACCGCUGUGUACAAUAAUCAUUCUCUCUUGGGGCAUUAAUCAAUAUAUAUUAUGGAUAGAAUGUUAUUAGAGGUCCUAUAAUAAUAAAAGACCCUCCUGGGUAUAAUACAUUUUGAGAAAAAAAAAAAAAUUGUAAUUUUGUGUAUUGAAAGAAAUGGAAAGUUGUCGAGCACUUUUUCUCAGUGACAUUACCGAUGUAGCCAAUUUGAAGUGUCCAUACGUAUAGUGAUUACAAUUUCUUAAAAUUCACAACUUUUUUUGUCCUGAUUCAUUCAAACAUUCACCAGUCUGUUUAUCUGGUUUUUCUGAAGUUCGAUUAAGGUUGAAUUUUUCCUUUUAAUGAAACUAAAGUUGAAUGCAUAUACUAUAUAUAUGGAUUACUCGUAUUUGAAAUUGUAUAUACAUUAUUAUUUGCAGCCUUAUGCAUGUCUUUCAUUUAGAGGAGCAGUUUUACGACUGCUUGGUUAUGAUAUAUGCGCAGUAAACAUAGUUAUAUAUGUUUGAAAUAUGAAAACACAUAUUUAUGUUUGAAUUAUGAAAAAAAAUAGUUAUGUUUGAAAUAUGAAAACUAUUUAAGAAAAUUGUACAGAGAGGCUCUAAAAAUACGGUCCUCCUAUUGGUCAUUUAGAUUUUUUCUUUUCUUUUUCUACCUAGUUGUUAUUUAUAUGAAAUUUAAUAGAUGAUAGUGGUCAUUUAUAUUGUUACCUUCAUGCUUCAUGCAUUGAAGAAUGUAUUAAAAUUACUAUGUUUUGGUUUUUUGUCCGUCCUUGUAUUUGUAUUUAUGAUAUCUAAGGAACCAUAAUAGAGGAUUAGGGUAUUAUAAUUCAUACAGAAAUGUUGCAAAAUGCAAUGUAAUACAUUUUGGAUUGAUUAGAUUUUCUUCAUAUUGAGUUAUAAUUAUUUGAAUAGCAUUUUCUUAGACUACAUGACAUGAUAAGAUUCAUGAUGAAUCAUAAAUUAUUAAGACAUAUCUUUCUAUUGUUUUGAAACAACUUAAAUGUGAAAUGCUUAAUUGACAGGCUGAUAUAAUUAUCUGUGUUUUUUAAGGUAAUGUUAAAGAAUAAAUGCUUUAGAAAUGCAUUUAUACUCAUUUUCUUUUUUUAGAAAUGUUAGCAUGCAUAUUUCAGUUCAAAUAAGUUUGAAACUUUAAAAAAAAUUUUUUAGAGCAAAAUGUGUACUUAGGGGUAUGUGUUCUUAUAAAUGUUAUUUUAGUUUUAUGUCAUGUUAUGUAUAUAAGGGCAGAUAGCAAAAUUAGUGAGUGAAAAGUCGGGUAGUAUUCUGAAAAUUUUGUUUCUUUUAGAUAUAUUUAUUGUCGAAGCAAAAUUAGGACAAUUAUUUGGUUAAUAUCUGGCUGCAUAUGCUUAUGGUUAAGAGAAUUCUGCACAAGCAGCAAUAAACAUUGUACAUUCUCAAUUUCAAUUAAAUUCGUUAUAAAUAGCAUACAUGUAAGCUCUCACUGAUUUAACAAAUAAUAUAGUUUUUUUUAGAAUAGUACCCUUGGGAGGUGUAUUUUUACAUAAAUUGUCUGAAAAACCUAUAUAGUAUAUAAUAAUAUUCUCUUUUCGGGUGUUUUAUCAGUACAUGUGAAGAAAAAAAAUAUUUACUUGAUAUAGGCAUGGACUUGCGUCCAUGAUAUAUGUCUGUGUUUGUGUGUGGCUUAUUACAGAAGUCUAUGACUUGAUUGUAGUGCCCAGUACUAUAUCACAUCUUGUGUUGUUCUAUACUAUGUAAAAUAAAGACUGAAACAAACAGCAAUUAAAAUGCCACUUAGAAACUGCC